AUGGGCAACCAGAGCCUUGAAUUGAGCGUGAGCGGGCUGUCCGGUAACUUCUGCUCGCUGUUGUUCGCGUACAAACUUCCACCGCACGCGAAUGUGACGAUCCGCGACUCAACGAUUGUGACGGCGGGCCGCAUGAGCUACACGCCGCCCCGCGAGCUGACCAACGUGGUGACUGCGCCGCUUGUUUUUUACGAGAUGGCGCUGGUGGCGUCGCAGCUGCGCGUGGAGAACACCGUGCUAAAAUCAUCCGAGAAGGCGGGCACUGUGCUGUACAUCGGCGGCGACAGCGAUGGCGGUGGCCUGAGUCUCUUCUCGAGCGCCGUCGUAUUUGACAGUGUUUCGAUGGGGGCGUCGGCCAGUGACAAGAAUUGCUUGAUGCAUGUGAAGUCAACGUCCAUGUUCAGCCUGCAGAGCAACUCCGUAUUUUCUCUGUCAAACGCGUCUAUGGAGGGCAUAAAUUGCGCCAUCUCCCUCGGGAGCUCUCUUAAUGUGUCCAAAUCCGUGCUGCGUUUCGUGGGCAUUGACGUGAAGGAGGUGUCGUCUGUGUUGGCCGCCACUGGCGGGACAAUUGGGGCCGGCGCGUGGCUGGACCUGCGGCGCGUGUGGGUGACGGGCACUAUGUCGUCGGUUGCGUCCCUGACGGGGGUGAAGUUGGACCGUGCCGUUGUGUCAAUCACCCGCUGCACUGUCGCCGGCACAACGCUCGCCUCCUUGCCGGAGCAAAGUAAUAGCGUUGUGUACGUGCAGUGCAACCGGGUCAGCGACAAGGUGCUGAAGAAGAACUACGACUACCGCUCGACCGGCCUUUCCACCGUGACCGUUUUGCCAUGCGAUGACAGCUGUUCGGAGAAGCUGACCUGCUUUGCCCCACUGACGACGUCAUUCUCCGACUGCACCUGCAAAUGCUCCAGCGGCGGUGUGGGCAAGACGUGCAUGCCGUUCGACGUGCCCCUUGUAAAGAGUGGUGGGAAGCAGGACUGCAUGCGUGGUGUUGCAGUGACGGAGUCCAUGACAGUUGGUGACUGGAGGGCUAAUGUGUGCUUCGAGGCGGUUGUCUUCAGCGGACCGAUCACUGUGACGGUUGACCUUAGGUCGAUGAACGCUUUCGUUGACUCCCUGAACGUGACGCUGCGACACUGCCUGCUCGCGGGUGGCGCGAAACUCCUUAUCAAGGGCGUCGACGAGACUAUUGCCCGGCUGUUGCCUCGCGCCCUCGUGCACAUGACGAACAUGACAUCGACGAACGGCACAAUUGUGUUGCAGGGCAUGCUGCCGGAGCGGUCAGAGGUACUUGUGGCCGACUCUGCACUACACGCGAUGGAAAAGAACGUGCAGGACGCCGUGACGACUGUUGCCAAUGGGGCUGACAGGUGCAGUUCCGUGCUCUUCCUGGACGGUGUGCGUCUUGUCUCGGCGCAGCUUGUGCUCACGCGGACGACGAUGAUGUGCAGAAGCAAGACUUGCGCCACCAUCCUCGUGGAGCGUGGUCUCCACCUCGACAGGUCAAGUUCUUUCUACAUGGACAACUGCGCAGUGAACACGUUUGGCCGUGUGAUGCACUUUCCUUCCUCUGGAUUGGUCGUUUCUGGCGGCUCUGUGGUCUCAAUACAGAGUAGCUCGUGGCGGAUGCGGGGGUCCGGCAAGUACGACGAUGCGAUGCAGUGCGACAGCAUCGAAGUGAAGGGGAAAAGUGUGCUGCAGGUGACAGGAAACGCGUUCUACGUGGGUAACGGUGUGAUGGGUAUGAAAACCCUGACAGUGGAAGACCAAAGCUGGUUGCUACACCGCGACAAUGAAAUCCAAGCGCGAUACGCCGUUAAUGUGCGAACUCUUCAGCUCAGUGAAAAUGGCGUAUGGUCGGUGCUUCGCAACAACUUCCUGCCUGGUACGCGUCCUGGCAGGGCAACGGGCAUGUUGGGCGGAUAUGAUUUAAAAGUACCGAACGGCUUCACUGUGUACGGCACAUGCAACCACCGGAUUGGAGAGCUUGUAACAACGUACAAUGCCCUCAGGAUGGCGAUGAAGGUGAAUCACUUCGACUGCGACAGAUGUGCACCCUCCGCGGAGUGCUUCAAUCCGUAUUUAAAACAGGCCUCCACCACCACCACCAGCAGCAGCAGCAGCAACAGCGGUAGCAGCAGCAGCAGCAGUAUCAUCACCAGCAGAAGAAGCAACGGGUGCAAAUGCAGAUGCAGUAGUGGUAGCUACGGUGCGGCAUGUCUGCCAGCUCCUGUGCCGACUGCCGUUGGGGCGCCCGUGCCGCUUCUGCCGGGCGCAGCUGUGAUUCCUUGUGUGCGGGGUGGCACUCUGGACAGCGUGGAUUUCCCCGCGCCAGGCGUCUCUGGGUUGUGCUUUGUCGACGUGACCUUCACCGCCCCAAUCACCAUUGACUUGGGUGAGUUCCGCUCGCCGGUUAAAGCGAUCAACAUCACACUGCUGCGGUGUACGCUGAUGGGCCUGAAGGUGUCUGGAGCUGACGCGUACUCGCUGCACAUGAGCAUGACUGCAUCCGAGAUGACCAGCGGCCAACUUGUUUUGGACGAAGUGUUCGGGCCGAAGACGCAGAUACACGUGGUGGACAGUGUCGUGGACACUGAUGCCAGCUGGGGUAUCGAGUUUAACGCGGAAUUUGGUGUGGACUCGAUGAUCUUGCUGCGUCGUGCCAAUGUCACGGCAACAAUGGAGGCGGUUGCUUUCAUGCGGGGCUUCGUCCUCAACGCAAGCAGCAUUGUUGUACAGAAGUGCCAAUUGCAGGCGGCGGUGCCGCAGUCCACGGACGGUGCGGCGAUUCGCUUCCAUAUGAUUGACAUCGUGAACGGUGGCCACCUGAGCGUUGCGGAGACACAGAUGAUUGCGGGGCACGGCAUCCUGUUCACCCACGAGGUUACGCUGGCGAAGUCUGGACAAGUGGUGAUCGUGGGUAACACGUUGCGCGGGCAUAGAGACGUUAACGGAACGGCACUGUUUUUCAGGUCGCAGAAUUGGAUGAUUUCCGGUAAAUCAAAAGUGCGCGUGAUGGGCAACAAGGUGUACGGCGCCUCAGUUUACGCCGCGAAGGAGGAAUCCGGUGGCGCCCUCAAUGUUACCGAGCAAGGAACUGUUGUGAUCUUUGCCGACAACGAGGUUAAGGACUUUCCUGAUGCUUACCUGACGGCGGUCACAGCGGUGACAUCAUCAGCGCGACUGCUCUUUGGAUGCAACAAGAAGGAAGGGAAGGCAGUCACGCUCAGCCAAGCGUUCGGAGACCCGAAGGCGGAGAUGAAAUCGUUCGGGUGCAGGGCUUGUGAGGCGAGUGUGAAGUGCCACAUGCCCGAGGCGACGUCGAUGGGUGACGGCGGCGCGUGCUGGUGCAAACGAGGGGAGGGUAAGACCUGCCCGCCGUGUCUGCCCACUGUGGCGCCCGACACAGCCGAGAUAAAGCUCUCCCCCAAACCAUAUGUGACGGACAAGACGUGCGUGGUGGGCCAGACCGUGACGAACUUGACCCUGAACAUGCGGAACACACAUCACUGCUACGUCGGCGUGACAUUCAACGGCACGGGUGCGGUUGCGACGUUUGUGUUACGGCAUAUGCCGCUCCAGCAACAAAUUAACAUCACCUUCACUGGGUGCACGUUCAUGGGCGGGGCGGGGCUGCACUUCUUGGGCAGCCGCGAUGCAGCUGAGGCUGCCGGGGUGUUGAUCCGCGUGAGAAGGGCCGUGAUGCGGUCAUCCGUUGUGUCGUUUGCGAAUGCCCUUCCGCGCGGCACCGACAUCAUUGUGACGGAAGUCGACGCGAUGCAGCCUAAAAUAGCUAUGAUGCCUGACCGUUUAUCCAACAGGUUUGCCGUCGUGGUGCUGCGCAAUGUUGUGCUCUCUGCUGCGUCUUCGCUGCUGGUGAGCUACGUCACCUCCCGCCGGGGGCUACCGGACCGAUGGGAGCACACCUCUGGCUCCGGCGUGCAUUCCUCUGAUUCCCUGACGCUACUCGGUGGGAGUUCGUUAUACGUGCAGAAUUGUACAUUUGCCGGCUACACAGACACAAUUUACCUGAACGGCAAGGUCCGUAUCAGUGAUCACUCUGUUUUGGCAGUUCUGGACAGCGUGGCCGCGGCGGGAUACAACAUCAUUCACACCAAGGAAGUGACGGUUGAAAACUCCAGCACCUUCCGCAUGGCGAGGAACCGCGGGCACGUCACAUAUGGUCUCUCCUUCUACAAUGACUGGAAUGUGCGUCUCUCCAGCUGGGUGGACUGGCGUGGUAAUGACGUGAGUGAGGGACCAAUGAUAUUCCCUGUGUCGACCUCGGUUGUGCACAUCGAUGGCAAGAGUACAUUGACGCUAACAGGAAAGCAGAGUACCGCUCAGGCGUUUUCGCAACCGCUACUGGGUACUUUCGAGAAGGGCUACAAGUUCAUUACAGGGUGUCUCUCCACUGUGGUCAGAGACAAAGGGAAGACGGGUGCGAAGAACAAAGCCGCUUCCCAAGCGAAGUCGAUUCCGAAUAAUGCAUCCAUUCCCCAAACGACGAAGAUUAUGAAAUGCGGUGUAUGUAUGAAGGAGAGCAGCUGCUUCGCCCCCCUGACGACAGCGAUCAGUGGUUGUGCAUGCCAGUGUGCCGAUGGUGGCUACGGUGAUGCGUGCGUCCCGGCGCAGCCAGCGCUGCCCCCACCGCCGCCACCGAUGCCAGCACCGCCAAAACUUGACGAGUGCGUGAGCAACAAGGCUUACCCGGAGGUGACGCAGACAGUGGGUAGCGGGCUUUCGCGGCUGUGCUACCGCAACGUUGUAUUCAGCGGGGCCUUCAUGCGGCUCACGGUGGACGUUGGGGCGAUGACUGGAGAUGUGAACAUCACGUUUGAUGGAUGUACGUGGAAGGACGGCGCUGCGCUGGUGUUGAAGGGUGGCACGACUGCCGCAAAGCACUCAUUGAGUAUCACCAUCACCGGCAACACCUUUGAGGACGCGCUGCUGAGCCCUACCGGUGUGUUUCCACCGAAGACGAACCUCAUCGUACGCGGGAACCGCUUCAACAUGACGCGAUCCAUCGCAGUGCCAGGCGUGGCAACGGGUCACACAUCGUGCAUUGCGACGAGUGGGCUAACGCUGAAGAGUCACUCCGCUCUCACAGUUGAGGAAAACACUUUUGUGACAUCUGGACCCCACGCCAUCGUGGUGGACAUCGGGGAAGAUGGCAUGGAGGUGCUGUCGCACUCGGUGUUCGCGAUGAGGGGCAACACAUUCACUCUGGCGAAAAAAGGCAUAGCGGCUCUCUACGUGCUGGGCAACGGUGCCUCGAAGGCGCUGCGGGUGCAUGAUCACUCCGUGCUCACCGUCGAGAGGAGUGCUGUCACCGGUGCUCUUGAUGACUUUGUCUACUUUGGUGCUGUUGAGGUUUCGGUAAAGUCUGCGGUGCUGGUGGAGCGCAACGACGGACUUGCAGUGCAGAACGUGUUCCAUAUCAAGGGUGAGGUGACGCUGCGGGAAUCCUGGGUGCUGAUCCACAAGAAUGCUGCCUACGAUUCGGCCGUUGUCUGCCGCGCCACCGGGAAUGUCACGAUGGCGAACUCCCGCCUGGUGGUGUCAAGGAACAGUGUGUCACCCGUCGCGAGGGGUAAGCCACCCGUUGUCGUGUCGUUCAGUGCCGCACCCAAAUCCACAUUCGGAUCCGGCGGGGGCCCUUUAAUGAGCGCUGGCGAGUUGGCAAGUUUGAAAUUAUACAGCUUGGGCAACUGGGACAAAAUGGACAGCUUCGGCGGCUUCGGCGGCUUGGGCAAACCUGCGAAACCUAAACCCAUAUAUUCGGUGGACGCACACUCGUCACUCAUCGUUGCCUGUAAUGUAGUGAACCGGGAAGUAGUGGCUGAAUACGAGUCAGUGCCCUCUGCGUUCAGGAUCGAAGUCAUGGAAUGCGGGGCCAAAUGCCACGCUCAUGCGUCGUGCUUUCCCGCGUACACCACAAAGACGAGUGCCAACGGCUGUACGUGCAGCUGUAAAAACGGUGGCCAAGGUGACCGCUGUCUGCCUGUUGAUUUGCCCGGUGGCCGCGCGGAACCUUGCGUGCGGGACGUGAAUAUGACGUGGGACGUGCUUGCCGGUGCCGGGGACUCGGCGGUGUGCUUUGUGGGCGUGACGUUUGCUGCCGAUGUUGUUGUGGACGUGAGCGAGAUGACGGGCAGCGCGCGAAAUGUGACGCUGAAGAACUGCACAAUGGUGGGCGGAGCGAGUCUGUACGUGGUGGGAUGGAAGGCCGACACGCCCGUCAGUGAGCGCGUGAACGUGUGGAUCAGCGGGCUCGUGUCGCGCUCUGGCGGCGGCGUGGUGCUGGCGAACAGGUACCCGGCUGGCUCGAACAUCACCAUUGUGGACUCUAUGCUUAUUGCACAGACGGCCGUUGCGUACCGCAGCAGCUACAACCUUGGCGGCGAUUCCGCAGGCCUUGUUCUAUACAACAUGAAGCUUUCGGGAAGCAUGCUUACCGUCGCGCGCACGCAGGUAUCCUCGGCGCUCGACAACGUGGCCGGCGUGCUGGUGGUUGGCGGAGUGGCGCUGACCUCUGGCGCCGCGCUUUACAUGGACCGUCUCUCUGCUCAGGCAGCGCUGGGACUGUGCGUGUCUGUGAAGGGUGACGUGACAGUCACCGGUGGUUCGGUGCUUGGGUUUGUGGAGAGCGACUUCCUGCUGUGCAAGCACGCGGUGUAUAUGCAGAAUGCUGUGAGUGUGACUCAUUCCACCCUGACUUUUAUGCGGAAUGACUUCGCGUCAACAAACGACCACGCAAUUAAGUUUGGCUCAACGGUGAAACUCGCUGGUAAUUCGAUGCUGCUGAUGAAGGGUAACACACACGACAGUAUUGCCAAAGAGAUGCUGAGCGCUGUAGAUGCUGUGAGUGUGGAGGAAAGCACGCUGAGCUUCGCGCGCAACAAGGGGCUGUUUCCUAAGAUGCUGUCGGUGAAGGUGUCGCUGGAGAAGGGGGCGCACAUGAGGGCGGCGUGCAACAGUAUUGGCGGCAGCGCCCUGACGACGGCGGGCGAGUACGCCGCUGCCGGUUUCGGUAAGGCUGGAAGUAUUGAAGUUGUUGGGUGCGACACGUGCGACAAGGACACGUACUGCUACGCGCCUGGGGCGGCGUCGGCGACUGAGGUGGGCGGCGAGUGCAAGUGCGCGUGCAGUGACAGCGGACAUGGCGAGGCGUGCGUGCCCGUUGGGGGCGUAGAGCUGCCGCCUGCCCCCCGAGGCCCUCUCUCGUCAUUCGUACUUGAGAAUAUGACUCUAACCUCUACAGUGGCUGUGCCGCGCGGCACGACUGAGGUUGCGCUGCGCGACUUGGUGAUGGACGGUGUGCAUAUGGCAAUCUACGUGCCAUGGAUGGCGAACGACAGCGUGCAGAUUGCGAUCCAAAACGUGUCGCUGCGCAAUGGCUCUGCACUGUACGUGAUGGGUGGGACGACUGCGCGCCGUGCAGCACCUGCGAACGGGCAGCGUGUGGAGCUGUCAGUGUGCAGCGUGGAGUCGUUCAACGGUGUGAUUGCUCUGACAGGAACGUUUCCCCCGGAGUCUGUGUUGACCAUAACGAACUCGCUGCUCAUCACUGUGUCGUCUACCCCGCUGUUGUACCUGCCCGACUCGCAUGCUGCGAAGCACGCCCCGGCAUUGAUACUGUCGAACCUGCGGCUUGUGCAGUCUGUGCUGGUUGUGUAUGACGUAUUCUUCCUCGCCAUUGGAUCUAAGGUGCGGAUGGUGGUUGCGGAUGGUGCGGCACUGGAGCUCAUCGGUGGUGGCAUCGCGCUGGACACCGUUGCACUCAGCGGCGAAUAUGCCAUGCACGUAGAGGGUAAGGCGACACUGUCGGAUGGCAGCGUGUUGCACAUGUCUGAGAGCAAGGUGUAUACAUCGCAUGGCUUCGUGUUCGGGAAGGGAAUGAGUGCGAACGCGUCUGCCCUUAUUGUGAGGAAUAACACAGGUGCCGUGACUGCUGGUGCGUUAUUGGGGCUGAAGCAACAGGCGUCAUUCACGUCCAAUUCGUGGUUGUCUGUGCGUGGCAACAACGUUGCCGGAAAGAUUUUGUCACUCCCAAAGGAGCCCGCGGGCACGAACUUCUCACACAGCAAGCUCACGCUAUACGGGAACACCGGCAGCGGGCCUGUCAUGAUGGACGGCGCUGUUACGCCGGACCCCAGUGUGAAGUUCAUCGUGGGGUGCCUGACGCACAACGAGAAACGCCUAGGUCCGAAUGAAUACCAGUCUGCUGGUAUCGUGGGGCACACCCGCACUGUGGCGUGUGACACAUGCGACACCGACAUAAAAUGCUUCGCUGCUGCAACAGAUCCAACGCUGUCGCCGUCGUCGUGCAACUGCCACUGCACAAAGGGUGGCUACGGGAGUGAGUGUCUGCCAGUGCACCUGCCGCGCACAGCGGGGUGCAACCGCACUGUGUCAUGUCCGUCGCUGGGUGUGUGGGCACUGAAGGGCGGCAACGUGACACUGGACGACAUCCGCAAUGUCGGUGCGGAGCCUCCGCGGCUGGUGGUUGCGCUGCCGCCACCGUUCCGCUGGGCGAGUGAUACAGACCUGCGCCCGUACUUACAAUUUGUGCUGACGUCACGGCCGCAGCCGACUGGGUUCAGCGGCCCCUGGGGUGAGAUGCUGCGCAAUGCGACCUGGGGACGAGGCUCGGGGGAGUCACUGAGCGUGCUGGAGUUGGCGCUGCCUCCUCACGAAAGCUAUUUCGUGGGCGUCGAUGAGGAGAUACUUGUUGAGUACGGCCCACGCGCCCUUUACGGGGGAUGCACAGGGAGCAUGCGGGGGCUGUUUAAGGUUGAAUCGAACACGCCACCCCGGCUUAUGCGUGCCCUGUCGGUGGUUGGUGGCGUUGGCGCUGGCACGAGUGUCGUUGCGGUGGCUGUUGCUGGUGGGGUCUCGUUGAUUCUGGAGGCACAAAUGUUCGCCGUGUUUGAGCAAAUGUCAUGCGUCUCGGCGCAUGAGCAUGCGAGCAUGGAGGCGCUGCCGUACUUCCUGUCGCCGUUCGUUGACCUCGGCCCACUCUGGAUGGUGGUGGGCAACGCACUGAUUGUCGUGGUCUUCGGUUGCCUACACUUCGCCCUGACGUUUGCGUUCCAGCGUUGGCGCGGCGUGGACGCGGUGAGUGCGUGGGUGUCGCUGCGGUUCCCGGCCCUGUCGUACAUUGUGGCAUGCCUGAUGCACCCCGGCGUCUUUGUGGGAUCGAUGCUCAUGCUGUCGAUGCCAAAUGCCGAGGCGCAGCACUAUGUGGUGGGUGUGCUGGGUGCGCUGUACGGCGUGGCAUUCCCGUUCGGCGUGUGCUACUUCAUUUCACGCCACACCAAUGCUAAAUUCAUGGAGUACAGCACGUUCUCGAAGAAGUCACCGUGGGUGCGCUGGCUGUACCCUGCUGGGUACUGGAGUCUCCCAGAGGAGCAGCGGAUGUACAGUUUUAUCUUUACAAGCGUGAGGGGCGGCUACGUGUACGGCUGCGUGUUUGGGCUGAUGGUGCUGUGCCUGGUGGGUGUCAUUGCAGGAGUCCAACCACCUGCGGAUAAGUGCCACGCUCCAUACUUCUCCAUGGCGGCGGUGCUACUUGCGGCUGCUGCUCUCAUGGCUAUUACGAACAUGAUGCGCUCAGUGUUCCUGACAGUGAUGCACACAGCAGGUUUUGUACUCCUGGGAGUGGUGUGCUUCAUCAACGCGGCCUGGGCUCUCUCGCCGAGCGACGACAGUGUGAGGGCGUUUGCUGCAAUUCUGCUGCUUCUGGUGUGCGUGGUGAUUGGGACUGCCGUGUACAGCAUCGGACUGUGGUACGUGGAGAGCCGCUACUGGAAGGCUCUGCGCGAGACGCCAAAACUACCGAAUGGCGAUGCGGCUGGUGCCAGCGCCGCGAGACCCGCCGCGACAAGCGAUUCUGUGGAGCCGGACUCUACAAAGAUCCCCACGGAGCCUGUGGUGUGA